GCCGCCAGCCCUCCCGACUCUGGAAAAGGGGCCGGGCUGCCGACUGUCCUGAAGUUGAAGAGAGGGAGGCGACUUGUACAAGUAAAGACUGACAGCAAGGGAUUGAUUGGAUUAUUUCAAGAUGAGCUUCCUGUUGCCCAAGCUGACCAGCAAAAAAGAAGUCGACCAGGCGAUAAAAAGCACUGCAGAGAAAGUGUUGGUUCUCAGAUUUGGGAGAGACGAGGAUCCUGUGUGUCUGCAACUAGAUGAUAUUCUUUCUAAGACCUCUCCUGGCUUAAGUAAAAUGGCUGCUAUAUAUCUGGUGGAUGUGGACCGAACUCCAGUUUAUACACACUAUUUUGACAUCAGUUAUAUUCCAUCUACUGUGUUUUUCUUCAAUGGGCAACACAUGAAAGUGGAUUAUGGGUCUCCAGAUCACACUAAGUUUGUGGGAAGUUUCAAAACCAAACAAGACUUCAUAGAUUUGAUUGAAGUGAUCUAUCGAGGAGCAAUGAGGGGAAAACUUAUUGUCCAAAGUCCUAUUGAUCCAAAGAAUAUUCCCAAAUAUGACCUUCUCUAUCAAGACAUUUAGCGCAUUAACUACUGUCAAAGCUGAAGGGAAAGGCACAUCUCGAAACAGUAUUGGAAUGCAGCUGUGCUGUUUCUGUGGAGUCCUUCGGAAAUGUGCUCAGCGUCCCAGUGGAGGAAAAGUUUGACUUGUAUGGAAAAUACUGGCCCCAAGUAGAAGACCCCGCCGGGACUGGGAUGAUCCGGGAAGCCUAAGUAUUUACUCCCUGCAGACCUUAGAGCAGUCAAGUCGACCAUGAUCGCUUUUCCUGCGUGAUUGGUUGGACUUCUCUUUAUAUUGUGCUUUUUCUUUAUCCCUUAACAUAAAGCAGAACUGUCCUAAACAUUGGCUAGUGCAAUUUAACUACGUUUAUUUGAUAUACAAGUAAAAUGGAAAGAGCAAAAAUACUUAUUUCCUACCCUAUAUGUACACACACACCUCUCUCUCACCCUCAACCUUGCCUGUUCCUCCACUCACAUAUUUAUAUUCCUCCUGCUCUCUUAUCUCAAGUCCUGAUUAUCCCAGAUUCUUUUGGAAUGGAUAAUUCUCUACUGAUAGCGGGGGAGCUUGUUUUAUUUUGGAGCCUUUCUGGCUCACACUUUGAAAACAGUGCCCUGGUUUGAAAAUUUACUAGCUUUUGUGCUGUUAAAUUGGCCAGGAAGUGAGAUUUGAACCUUUACUCUCCAGCACCCAGUUUGAGCUAAACAGAAUUGACUACCCUUAGGAACAGAGCUCUCCCAGAAGUCAGAGUUCCACCUCUUCCUGAGACAGAAAACUGCUUCAAGGGCUCGUGACAAGAAAGAGAUAAUCAGAAUUGUUAGAAAGAAUAGGGGCUGCUUUUCCCACUUGGAAGAAACCUACCAUUUACAGGAGUCAACGUGUUACCGUAAUUAGCUAGUUAACAUCAAUAAAGGAAGAGAGCAAAGACUGUGAGUUGGCUAGGAGGGGGGAGCCACUGCAAGCUUGCAAAACCUUGGAGGGUUAAGAUUCCCAAAGAGUUCUUCUCUCUUGCUCCGUGACCCCCAUUCGCCCGUGUGCUCGCCUGUUCUCCCUCCAUAGUCACGUGGCCUUAAGCAGCCUCAUGGCCCAGGACUUCACACACGGUGGACUGCAGUUGGGAACACAAGCUAAGCCAGUCAGAUGCUGGGCUGGACUGCACUUUAAUAUGGAACAGAAAUUCUAGGCAGUGGCCUUAAUUCUGGCCCUGCUGAAGACAAGAUUGGACUUCUUCCAUGGUGGGAUAGAUGGAGUUGGGACCUAGGAGGGGAACCCCCUUAAUUUUACAUUAUCAAUAAAGCUUUCCACAGAACCCCAUCCUCCUGUGGGGGCCUCAGGAAAUUCUUUUCCUCAGAGCACCCCAAGAACUCCACCUUCAACAAAUGCAGGCCAUCUGAGUCUCCUAUUUCACAAAGAAAUGCUCUUGAGGGUCCCCCAGAAGAAAGCUUCCAGAACCCUUGCAGACAAGAAGCUCUUUUUCUAACUCAGCUCUUCUGCUGUAAACCUUCAGUACACUGACCUGUCACCAAUAUACUGUCCCAUCGUACCAAAAUCCGGUCUCUCCCUCUCCUGGUGUAAAAUGCCACCCGAUGUCAUUUUCUCACCAGAGUCUGGUCUCCACCGUGAUGUCUCCUCAUGUACACUCUCUCAACCCAUUGAUAAUUUUCAACAGGUCAGAGCUAGUGGACCUGUGAAGGACUUAAACCUAUAUUCUAGAAUCUAUGAAAGAGGUACUAGCCAGAAACGGGAAAAUCACGCAAACACAUUUUCAAAGGCCUCUUAGAAUAUAGUUAACACCUUUCUCUUCAGGCAGCACCUUUAGCACUAAGUUUUCUUGAAGAAUUAUGUGAUUGUAUUAAGUGGAUCCUGGUCUCCACUCAGGGCAAAAAUAAUGAGAAAACCUUAGGCAUUUUCUCAGUUCACUUACCUUCUCUGCCUUCCUCCCCAGUAGCACCUCUUGCCCACCCCGGGGGACCCUGCACUCUGUGGCCUCUGAACACCCCCUGCCGUCUCCAAGUCUAGGCCUUCCCGAGGAAUACCCGUCCCCUUUGGGCAGGCGCGCCUCCUGUUUGCCUUCAGGCUCUGGGUUGCCUCCUCUAAGAGGCCUUCAGCCCCAUCCAGGAGUCAUUCGUAUUUACACAGCAUCUAAAAUGGUAACUACAGAUAGGGCAUAAAAUGUGCACUAAAUACUUGUGGGAUGGAAAGCAACUAAGGUAGAAACAAAAACAUAAAUCAGGACUUCAGAGCAGCAUUCCCUAAAGCCCUCAGGAGAAAAGAAGAUACAGGAAUUGUAUGCAUGCGAGUUGUGAGCUUUUGCUGGAAUCUGAGCACUUUUAGCACAUCAAAUACCGUGUAUGAUUUAGACUGUGAGGGACGGGAAACCCAGCUAACAAAACAGGCGAUGAAGAUGUUUUAUUUCAUAGAAGUCUGGAGGGAGGCAGGUCAAGAGUAGCUCAGUAACAUCAUGAAGGACCCAGGUUCUUUGUAUUUUUCUCAGCAUAGUCAUUCUUCCUGCCAGUGCUGGUCCUAAGAUGGUGCUGCAGUUCCCUGCAUCGUGAUGACCAUAAAGCAGGGGGAGCGGAGAAAACAGGUGGUGGUGAGAGGGUGGUGUCUGUCUUAUUUCUGGAGCGGUUCUCCCCUUUCAUCAGUGAGGGACAUAAAAGUCUCCCUUCUGUGUCACGUGAGUCAGAACCAGGUUGCAUGGUCACCUGCAGGAAAGGCUGGGAAAGGAAGCACUGGCAAGGGGGGUGGGCUGCAGUGACGGUGCUCUCUUGCACAGAACAGGGCUUCUGUUGGCAACAAGGUCAAGGGCUGCUCAACAGUCCUCGUGCUGCCUGGCCCAUCACCCUCCCGCUCUGCAUCUUCCUCUUGUUAUAGAAAGUCAGUACCAGCAGCCCCCAUGAGGUUUUGAGAGGAUCAGUAACUUGCCCAAGUGGUGCCAGGGAACCCUGGAAGAGCAAGAAUUCUUCAAAGUUACUAAAACAGGCAAAUUCCAUAAUGAUGACUAACCCUUUACUGAGUCCCAAAAUGUUACUGCUGGCAGGGACUUGAAAGAUCGUCUGGGCUUAAGCCCCUCAGGAAAAAGACCAGGGAACUUAAGGCACUUGGCAAGCUUAUGGCCAAGCUGUGAUUUGAACCCAGCAAGUCCAAAGAGCCGCCUUUACGCCACCUUAUUUUGUUUUCUGAUUUGCUGGUGUGUGGGACCACAAAUGUUUGUGUCAAAACACUGUUUUCAUCCCACUCUGAUCUGGCAUCUUCCUCACCACACCUGGACCCUCCCUCCCCAUCCCGUUGGAGAGGCAAAAGGGUGCGUGAAAGGAGCUCAGGGUUUGUAUUCCGACAGACCUAGAUUCAGGGUUCAGCUUCACUACUUACUAGCUGUGUAACCUUAACCAAUUCGCUUAACUGCUCUGAGUCUUUGUUCCCGUGUCUGUGAAACAAGGCUAAUGAUGACCUUUCUGAGGCCUGCCUCGGUAGGCACGUGGUCAGUGAGUGUGGCCUCCGCGGUGGGCAGCUUGUAUCACCGCAGGGAUAUCCAGUGGGCCUGGGGCGUUUUCUGCCACACUCCCAGUAGACGCUGUGCCACUUGACUGCUGCUGUACCAUAAAUGAGAGGAUUAAAAAGACCCAAGCCCCCCCCCCAAAAAAAAAUAGCACAGAAAUUAGUGAAAAGAAAGCUCUUUAUUGACUGACAGACCUGCAGGGCUGGCGCCCAUCAGUCUCACACCAGGUUUUAUCCCUUCCGCCCCAGCCAGCUCUCCCUCUUCCA